AUGCCCGCUGAAGACUACGAUGCCCGCGCCCUCGCGCUGCCUCUCGAGGACAACACCACCGGCGAGGCGCCAAUAUGGAGCCGCCGCUCGCAGUCCUUUGCGCGCUCCUCCCACAGCAAUCGGCCGCAGACGUUCAUACAACGAGCCACAUCCACCGCACAUACCAUACAGCGCCGCGCCAUGGCGCAGUACAACAAACUGUCACCCGUCCAGAAGGUCCUGUUCACCGUUGGUGGCGUCAUCGUGUUCAUCGUCAGCAUACUGUUCCUCGUGUACAACGAGCAGCUCUUCGCCGCCCUGUUGCCGUAUGCAAGGAAAUGGAGGGACGUGACGGCAGGCUGGCUCGUUCUGUGGGUGUUGAUAUUCACCGUGUCCUUCCCGCCGUUGAUUGGGUACUCGUCCCUCCUCACGAUCGCGGGCUUUGUCUACGGGUUUCCAAACGGGUGGUUCAUAGCUGCAACCGCCACCGUCGCCGGCAGCACCGCCUCCUUCCUCCUCUCGCGCACGCUCCUGCGCACAAUGGUGACCCGGCUCAUCGCAAACGACAAGCGCUUCGCCGCGCUCGCGCUGACCCUCAAACACGACGGUCUCAAACUGCUCGUCAUGAUCCGGAUGUGUCCGCUCCCGUACUCCCUCUCCAACGGCGCCGUCGCCACCUUCCCCACCGUGCACUGGGCCUCCUUCGCGCUCGCAACUGCAAUCGUUUCGCCAAAGCUGAUGCUGCAUAUCUUCAUUGGGAGUCAGCUGGAGAAAAUCGCCGAGAGCGGCGGUAAAAUGGACGCCCGCACCAAGGCCAUAUCGUACCUAUCCAUCGCCAUCGGCGCCGUGGCGGGCAUCGCGACGGGGUGGUUCAUGUACAAGAAGACCAAGGAGCGCGCUGCGGAGCUGGAGGAAGAGGAGAGGCAGGGCGUAAGGCGGACGAGUGUUGAAGGGCUGGAGAACGAGUAUGCUGACGACCCUGAUGCGUUGGAGGCUGCAGAGCACCUGCGCGAGGAGGAAGACGACAUCAGCCUGAGGGGAGGCUGGGAUGAUGAGUAUACGGACGAGGUGGAUGACGCUGCGGAUAUUGGCGACGAUCCGUUCAAGGAUGGUGAUGCGACGGACGAGGAGGAGCGGAGUGGGCGGAAGUAG